GCAUCGAAAAAAGUGACAUGGCCCAUAGCUAUCUUAUUCAUUCUAUAUUUGUGGAUGAUUUGAUCCUAUUUGGAAGUGAAUUCCAGAUCUUUGGAUCCAAGUUAUUUAUUGAAUAUUGUGAGUUUCAAAUUUUAUCAAGUCUUCUUCACUAGCCUAGUAAUCUAGCCAAGCUGUGACGCAUUUGUUCGCUUAAAUUUAUUGCAUUUAAAUCAACAAUCUUGAAUGAAUAAUUACAUAUAGUCACUGUGAUUCUAUCAUAUCAAGAAAAUAUCACACAGUAGCAGACAAGCUCCCCCAAAAAAACCAAGAAGAAUUUUUUGGUCGUUAUAAAUUCGUACCUUUCUAACAUACUUUUUCUUAUCCUUUUCCUAAAUGUCACUCAUUAUUCCCCAGAGCCUUCUCAAUGAAAUCCUGAAUAACGAAUUAAAUAUAAAGGGAAGUAAAAAACAUUUAACAAAUAUUGAAUUAGCAAUUAUAAUAACCAGCAUUAUUAUCUCAUAGAACUGCUUAUUCUAAUCUAGUCAAAACGACGAUGAUGAGAAACAACAACAGUUUUCUUUUCGCUUUCCCCUUGUGCACUUUUACAGCUGAGCAAAUACUAACUGAUUUGACAAGAUUGGCAACUGUAAUGUUGGUAGAGUCUACCAAUUUUCUGUUGUGUUGCAUUUUACUGCUAUAGCAAUUAUCGUAGACUUAAGAUCGCGUUGAUACAAUUAAUACAACUUAUUUAGUUUAAAAGAAUAAGACCAGCACUUAUUGAUUGCUGAUGCUCAAAACGUUUUUCAAAACAGGUUGUUGAUAGUUAUUUGGGACUAAAUAAAUCACAAUCAAAAUAGUUUAGAAUUUUUUACUUUGUUUUGAAAUGUUUUGCCGCACACUUGUGUGCUUUUUUAAAAAGGAAAAGGCAAUGAUCAUGUAGAAAAUGCAAUCUUUUCAGAUCAAAUUAGAGUAAAUUUGCAGGUCUCCCACCUGCUAUUUUGGCCACCAAGGAGACAUAUUGUAAUGAAACAAGACCGCUGUUUAAAUGUAAGCUCAUUGAGGCCACUCGAGGUGUGCAUGGUUGUCUUGCUGGGAAUCAAUGAAGCUUUAAACGUCAUCAUUAAAAGACUUUUUUCAAAUGGUAUUCAUAUUGGUAAACUAUAACAAAUGAUGACGAUGAUUGGCAUUUGAAAUCGAAUUCCGAGAGCAAAAGUAGGAAAAGAACCCGUUAGAUCUUGUCAGCCAGCAUGGAGGUCGAAACAGCCAUCCAGCUUGCAGUCAUAAUUGUUCUGAUCUUGCUUAUCGUUAUUGGCAACAGUUCCUUGGUCAUCUCAAUAUGCAUAACAAGGCGGCUGCACAACCCUUCUGGCUACAUUGUUCUAAGCCUCGCAGUGGCAGAUCUUCUGGUCGGGAUGUGGUUGCUGCCCUUCAGCAUUCCAGCUGUUGUGUCUCAGGAAUGGACAAUUGGAAAUGCGAUGUGUCAAGUGAAUGGAUUCACAAAUCAUUUGCUUUCGAGUGCGUCCCUUCUUGGGUUGUUUGUUAUUAGCACAGACCGAUACAUAUCCAUUUUCUACCCGCUCACCUACCAUGAACACAUGACCACGAAAAGAGCUGUUGUUGUUAUUUCAUGUGCAUGGGGAUACGCACUGUUAACGGCAGUGCUACCUGUCAUUGGCUGGUCCCGAUACACUUUUGCCAAGGGUAUAUGGCUUUGCGUUACUGACUUUAAAAAUAGCAUCUCCUUUUCGUAUUUCAUUAUCUUGACAAUAUACGGUGUGCCACUAACUAUGAUGUCAGUGAUAUAUUAUAGGAUAUUCAAAAUUGCUUUCUACCACGCAAAGGCAAUUGAGCAACAAGCGUGCGUUAACAGAAAACCGAAUGACUAUCAAAAAUACCCAGUAAUAAACAAAUGGCUGACAGUUGUUACUGACGUAAAGGAGGAUUCCGAUAGGGGCGGAAUGGAGUCGUUGCAUUCAAGGAAACCAAGUUUCAGUGGCCUUGGUUCUCCUAGACCGUCCAGACUUACACCUGUAGGUGAUUUCAAGCAUGCUGACACAGUCGGGUACGGAUCAAAUCAACCCUCUGACCGAAAAAGAAGCAUGCAGAUAAGAAAGGAAAAGAAGAAGCUUCUCAUAAUUAAGAAGGAAAUACGCACGGGCCUAGUUUUGUCUGUAAUUGUACUAAUCUUUGUUUUGUCAUGGUCUCCUUUUGCUAUCUUGAACCUAUGGGCUCUGCACACUGGAAAGAGGACGUCACUUACAAGCGAGGCCAUCGUGUCAAGACUGGCGUACGCCAACAGUGCUAUAAAUCCACCACUUUAUUGUCUCAUGAAUAAGGUCAUUCGUAAGUCAAUGUACAAGCUCUGGUACAAAUUAUUUAAGUUUCUCAGAAUUGAUGGCCUGUUCAGGUGCAAGAAGCCGGAAGAUAAUGAAGUAACCGUUUACUGAAACAAUCGUUACAGUUUUUAUAGUUAAAAUCAUACUCAUUUUUAAACGGACGAAUUGGCGUCAAUAUUUGUCGUAAUAGAGAUAUCUUCUGCCAAUGUCAUGGAAGGCAAGCAAAAUAUAGCAACACCAAGAAGCAACAUAGAAACAUUGAAGUUGCAAUUUGUUUUUGUAAGGAGUAUAAUCUCGAAAGAGACUAUAUGUGGGUGUGGGUAGUGGUGUAACGGAACAGUUCGGUACCCUUAGGAAUAUUUUGCCUGGGGGUCCUUUCACAAUGAAAUUUUUUCAAGACAAUCAAUUUGAGCUUCGAAAAAGAUCUCUCAGCGGUAGCUACAGUGACAGGAUUUGUGGCGAAAAAAAGAGCUUUGUAGACCUGUGGAAAUGAAGAGCUGACUCGACUUUCCAACAUCAAGUCAACCAAGUCUAAAGUUGUCCAUUUCUCUUUUUUCCACGCGAAACUCGUUAGCAAAUGCCCGUAGCUCUGAUUCUAAGUCUUCUCUAAAAUCUUUAGGAUAUAGGCUUUGUCUUUGUUGGUGGCUCUUUCGAAACGGUUUGAAAAAAAUAUCGAACGUUGGAGUAACCAGAUCUUGGCCACAAAAUCUUUCUUUAAGCUGCAUCAAAGCAGUAUCGACAGCUUUAAGAAACACAUUGACUUUGAAUGUUUGUUCUGGGGUAUCGAAAACGAUGUCCUUAAAUGCUCCAAUAACGGACCUUCUACUUUUUGGCUUGAAAUCAACUACUGUGUGCCAAGCACUAGCCAAAGCAGAAGCAGUUUGCUUAACAGAGUCCUAGGACUCGCGUAUAGCAACAAGCUCUGAAAUAGAGCAACAUAUCAAUCGAGAUGCAUCAGUUAAGUCAAUUUUUGGGAUUGCAAUUCACGAGCAGUUGUACCGAAUGCCUGUAGAAUUCCUAAAUAAAAAUAAAAAGAACGAAUUCAUAAGAAUCCAUCCUUUCUUUGAGUCUUUUUGCAUCAUCUUGCUCAUUUUUGUUUUUUAUGUCGACAAUGCUAGUUAAAACUGUCAUAAUAUGUGGAAAUCUAUCACCGAAUAUGUUAAAUCGAAAAAAAUGAAAAACAUUCUUCAAUGUCCCAUAGACAUUAUCAUUCUCCGGUACUGCCCCCCAUGGGCCAAUAAUGACCAGAUUCAAGUUGUGGCUGCCACAAUGAACAAAUGGAACAGGGCUGUCAACCAUAUUUUUUAUCAACGUUUGCAUACCAGCAUGUAUUCCACUCAUGACUUUUGCACCAUAUUCUUGGUCUCUAAUCCAAGUCCGGAUUACUCCCAUUUCAUCGAAAGGAGAACACCAGGAUUUAAGAUACAGCGAUGGUUUUUAACAAGUUAGAAGAAAAAAGGCAUCGUGCAACCUGUUAACGGGAGAAUAUUGACUUGUUAAAUCCAUUUUCACCAAAAAUAGUGCAAAAAGGCCUGUUUAUUGAAAAUCUUUGUGGGGGAGGGGGGCUAAGGAGUUGCUCUAACCCUAACCUUUGUCGGUUACGCCACUGGGCGUGGGCGUCUAUUGCUAUGAUACAUUAGUUUACCCAGGCCACAUGAUGUUCAAGCCUUUGCUUUAAAUAUUUUUCUAUUAUAACCCGCAAAGUCACUUUUUCUUGCCCAGCAAAACCACACACCUCCCUACAAAGAAAGAGAGUAUGGAUGUUUCCAUGUUGUCCCCUGGCCUGCAAUGGAAGACUUUUCGAGACCAUUUACGGAGUAAUCUUUUUAAAAGCAAUCGACAGAUGCCAAAGUGAUAUAAGCUAUUUGUAAUUCAAAAUUUGCUAAAUUCAUAAACUAAGAGCCUCUCACACACCCUUAAUGAUCGGUCUAUACUUGAUUGACAGGUAGGUUAGUCCACAAAAAGUAUCUAUCGAUUCGAUUGCCUUUAAGAUUCCUAAACCCGUUGGAUGUUUUUCUCUAUUCUGUGUGAUCCCAUAACCGGAAUCAAAUUAUGGACGUAAGAAGCGCCCAGAAAUGGAAGAUUUGAUAUCUGGGACUUGCUUCUUUUGGUUAAUCUUAGGUCUUGCGUCAAUUUGUUCUGAACUGUGGCUGUCAAAAACACAGGGGCGUCGGAGGCAUGGUAUUUAGAUCUGGGUGCGCGGCAAAAAGAAGCUUUUUAUACUACAGGAAUAAGGCAGCGGGGCCCUUUUAAGGUAAAAAUAGGCACCUCUCACCAAAAAAGCACAAUUUAUAGUCGGAGAAAAUGGGGCAGGAUCCCCGUAGACCCACCUAUCUCCUAACCCACUGGUCAACACUCUGGUUUCAACAAAACGUUUGACUCCUACCCAAAACUCUGGUCUAUAUAAAGUUUAAGAAUGUUUAAAGAUAAUGAUAAAAAGUUCUUCGAAUAAGAUUGUAAUUUGCAGGUAAAUGACUUUUAACAAUUGCAUUAAUUUGUAUUCAAUCCAUUUUAAUAUCUUUAUAGUUUUUCAGCUCCUUGUGUUUAUUGUACCGAGAAACAUAUAAAAAUUUUUGAAACCAUAUAUAGAGAAUUGAUUCUUGUAAUCAGAUUUCAAGGACAUUCGAGAUAAAACAAGGGUAUACCAUUGCUGCAUUUCUUUAUACUUGCAACGAAUGUUGUGCCUUUGUCAACUUUCAGUCCAGCUUUAGAUUAACUUUGUUCAGCUGCAAAUAUGUAUUUAUUUUAUAUUUGUAGCAGCAAUGAAGAAUUAAUGUUAGAAACGCUGUUCUUGAUUUCAUGUCAUUGGAUGUCCUUUAAAAAGAGAUUUAAAAGAAAAUUAAAAUUUUGUUCUAAUAGCCUGUCACUAGCCCAAGGCUGCUCUACCAAAUUUAUAAAACAACUUUUGGUCCCUACGCAUAGGAGCAUAUAGCAGGAUGCAGUCACCAAUUGCGCUUAUUACUACCGACCAUGUAACCAAUUAUACUCAAGGGUGAAGAGAGACACAAAAUCACAUUGCUCAAGCGUAUUAUCUUUGCAAGUUUUGGAUUUUAACCACUACACCAAAGAGGCCAGAAAUUAUAAACAAA